AUGCUCCAACAACUUUUACAAGGGCAAGCCAAAGGUUCUCUGGAAAUGAACAACAAGCUGGUUGAGAUACACUCUAAACUAGAGUCAUUGACUUCAAGAGUCCAAAUCAUUGAGUCUUCAAGUGCAUCAUCCUCUUCACCACAAGAGUAUGCCCAAGCAGUUACACUAAGAAGUGGGAGGCAAUUCCCUAGUAGAGGUAGCCCACCCCAAAUCGCUGUGGACAUCGAUGACGAGGAAGGGGAGGAUUUAGUCGACUAUGCUGAUAACUCGACCCCGAACUCGAUCGAGCUGGAACAAAACCCUGAACCAGAACUCGAUCGAGCUGGAGAAACUGAGACACUGCAAGACAAACCAGAGCUCGAUCGAGCUCAGAAGAGAACAGACAAAGCAAACUCCAGCCAACCAGCUAAACCUGUUGCAAAGAAGAAAGACACUCCAGCAGGACCACCACCAUACAAGCCCCCUCUGCCCUUUCCAGGAAGGUUCAAGAAACAACUGUUGGAAGCACACAAGGCCAAGUUUGAUGAACUAAUGAGACAGCUUGAGUUGAAGUUGCCCUUCAUCGACGCCUUGAUGCUCAUUCCGCCUUAUCAGAAAUUUCUGAAGGAUGCUGUUCAGCAAAGAACCAGGGAAGCACAAGGGAUGGUAGUGUUGACCGCGAGUGCAGUGCAAUCAUUCAGCGGAAGGUCAUCUCCGACAAAAAGGAAGAUCCGGGGAGUUUCACUUUGCCCUGCAUGUUAG